GCCACCGUCGCUCGUCUCUUUGGAACAUCUCGCGUCACACGCGCAACACUCUCAGAAACAAGAUGGCGGACAUCUCCCUGGACGAGCUCAUCCGGCGCCGCGGCUUAAACGCUCGAGGGAUCAGCAGCAGACCUGUGUUCCGGAGGGGAGCUGGAGCUGUGGGCAGGACGUUUGACGCCAGGCAGAAGAUCGGCGUGUCCGACGUGAGGGAGAGGAUCGGAGGAGCUGGAUCGUUCCCCUUGAAAGAUGCCAGAGAGAAGUUGGUUCAGAAGGAUGCCCGCUUUCGAAUCCGAGGAAGAGGGGCUGGAGGAGCUGUUCAGGAUGCCAGACAGAUGAUCAACUCCCGCAAGCAGCAGGCGCAGAGUGCACCUCAGCUGCAGACGCAUAACGCAUCACAUUCUCAGCAGUUGCAGGGCAGCAGUACCAGUACAGACGGACAGAACACCCGAGGGGGGCUCACGCUGCAGCAAGGCCUGGGGCCUAAGAAGCUGGUGGAUGCACGUGAGCGGCUUAGUCUGAAGAGAAGCAUUGCCGUUGCCUUACCAACUCUUGGUUCACCUUUACCCAUCAAGAUCACAAAGACCAUACAGCAGAGGCCUGUGGGGAUGACGAGUGGGGUCCGUGUCAAUGUCCCCAACAGGAGUGCCCAGACUCUCUCACCGGAGGAUGAUGACAUCCCUGGGAAACAGAUGAAGAUCACAACAGCCAACAGUUUUGUUCAGACAAAGCCUGGGCUUAUUAGUUCACCAUUCUCCAUGUCUACUCCAAUCACCAAAGUUGUCCAAAAUGACAGCUACACGGCUCCGCCUCCAGCCACACCCAGUGCGCCCCCCAGGUCUGGCCCUGCCCAGCCAGUAACACGUACUGCACCUGCUGCCAUUCAGCCUGUGUCUCGAACCCUGGUAACUGGCCAGGUGCAGCAGGGAGCAGCUAGCGGAAGCCCUAGUACACAGCCGGCCACUGCACAGCCAGCAUUUAGUCCUUUGGAGGGAACCAAGAUGACGGUGAAUAAUCUUCACCCCCGGGUCACAGAGGAGGACAUUGUGGAACUGUUCUGCGUGUGUGGUGCUCUGAAGCGAGCCCGUCUUCUCAAAGUGGGUGUGGCAGAGGUUGUGUUUGUGCGGAAGGAGGAUGCCAUCACCGCAUACAGGAAAUACAAUAACCGCUGCUUGGAUGGUCAGCCAAUGAAGUGUAAUCUUCACAUACAGGGAAGUGUCAUCACCUCAGACCAGCCAAUUCUGCUGAGGCUGAGUGAUACUCCUGGGGCAGCCGGAGGGAGCCGUAAAGAGGGUCUGCGCUCAUCUCUCCCCCGCUCUGGUAGUCGAUCCAGCUCGUCUCAGCCCACGCUGGAGGUUGAUCCCCAGACUAUACUGAAGGCCUUAUUCAAGUCAUCCCCUCAGGUCCCCUCAUCUACUGAAAGCACCAGCGUGAAGAUGUAACACAAGAGGCAAUGUGGCACAAUGGCAUACAGCAUGAGGGACAUACACACAUAUAUGAUACAACAUACGAGUUAUGGUCCACCUUUUCAGAAAAUGGAGGGCAAUUUCUCAGUGUAAUGCACAUCAUGUACAAGCAAACACUUCCAGCAUAAUACUACAAUAUUCAUACAUUAUGAUGUCCACACAUUCUUCUGGAUACAUGUAGAAUUUAAGAAAUCAGUGACAGAGUAAGCAUUCAUAACUUCAGCAUUGUUUCUGUGAAAGUACAGAGACCUUCCCCCUUUUAAAACUUCAUACUUUGUACUACUUUUUGUGAUGUAACAUCCCCUACCACUAUGCUGAAGAAAAAUUUAAAACGGAACAAUAAAGGAAUUGCUAGAAAUGUACAAAUACAGCUCCUGACCACUUUUGUAUAUGAGUUGUGAAGGGAAGUUAGAUGAGUUGUUUCUCUCCUGUGGUUCACUUACACACAUGUUCAGGUUGUUCAUAUUGAACAUCUACCUUCUGUGAGCCUCCAGGUAUCAUCUCCAGCCAUACAGUCAUGGACAAAUCUUCAUUCAUGAGCAUACUGAAGGAGAACUAUUUCAUUUUUAUCACACAAUGGAUAUUUUUAAGCAAAUGUGUGCAAGACCUUUGUCCCUAUAGGUGUAAUUUUAGAAAUAAUUUCCUUUGAUUCUUUAACAGUGUUGGAUUAUAUAUGGUUUACCUGCCAGUCUUCAUUGUUUUGUACCUGUGAAAUUUGCAGCCUGUAAAUGACAUUAGUUACUGUUGCCCCUCCUGCCGUCUUUACACGGUUUAGCAUCUGGAAGACCAGGGCAAUUCAGUCAGCAAAGUUUUUCGCUGUGGCAAUAUGGAAAAGGCCAAUUAGGAGCAUUGUUGUUUAAGUUACACAUCUUUGUUGUAUUUUUUUUUUCCUUCAAAGUUACAUUCACUGGUAGGUAAUGUCAUGUUGAUUGACUGAUUUAUUGCUCUUUGCUCAGUCUCCCAGACAUGCAGUGUGUUCAGGUCUGU